AUGAUGGCCCAAGCCCAAAGAGCAGUUCAAUCAACUAUCUCCAACAUCACUCAAAAUGUGUUGAAUUCACCAAUCAACCAUCUCGAGGGUCUCGCAGGUCUAAAUCGUGAUGGAAGUUUUCUGAACGAAGUCCCAUCCAACUUCCAGAACAGAUUACAGAGAGAGCUGGAGCUUGCUUUGAAAUUGAAAUCCUUGGCAAAAUUCUGGAGAGUCCAAAACGCCUUCAUUGUCCGAGGUAGUGAUCCUUGUAUCUACUCAGGAGUCAAUGGCGCUUUUGACGAUGCCGAUAAGCUGUCAUACUGCGGAGAAGAUAACAUAAUGAUGAACAUUGUAAGAGCGGAAAAAAACGGAACUGGAUACAAUCCAACGAUCCAUCACGCGUCUUUGGUUGAAUCAAAGUACGGUUAUUCUUCCAAGUUCUUGACAACUUUGGCGUGGGAAUGUCAGUCAAAACACGGCGUGUUUGAGUAUGAUUCGAGUUCUUUCCACAACAGCAGUGCCACUAAUCAAUCUGAACUGAGAGACCUUGCCAAGUCAGGAGACUGCUACUUCAACCUUCCUGUAUGUGACCUAACCCGACCAGACCUCAAACAUUUGAGAUCCAAAACUAAAAAGACUUUGACCCAGAUCUGUCGGGAGGCAGGAGGAUUGCCAAUAUGA